AUGGAUCUGAACUCGGCGUCGUGUCGAGAGCUGCAGCUGUUGCCCGGCGUGGGCCGCGUCACGGCGCAACUGAUCAUCGAGUCGCGCCCAUUGACGUCGGUACAGGACCUCCUGCGCGUGAGAGGCAUCGGGUCCGUCAAGUUUGCAGCCAUUGUGGCUCAACGUCAGGUCUAUGUGGACGCAGACGCUUUCGACCCUAGAAAUGCCACGUCAAGAGCUGCUUUAGUUGACCUAAAUGCUGCCUCUAUGCAGCAGUUGCAGCAAAUCAAAGGCGUGGGGCCUGUCUUGGCUCGUCGCAUUGUCCAAGCGAGACCGUUCUACCGCAAAGAAGACCUGUUGGCUGUCGAAGGCAUUGGCUCGAAGUCCUACGUCAAGAUGCACGAGCAAGUGUACGUACCGUCAGAUGGCAGAGGAGUACAGCAAGCGAACGAAGAACGUGGGAGCAGUCCUUCUGUAGGCUGCAAGUCGGAAGUAGAGGAGCAGCAGUUUCACUUUUGCCGGGCGAUUGAGAGGAAUGUGCGUGGAAACGCAUUUCCGACGCAGGGGCCUGAUGACAGAGACAACCGGGCGUUGAUUGUAGGGAGUUGGAAUAUCCGCAACAUCUCGCGACGCAAAGAAACGUCCUUGCUGCAGCGUAUUGCUGACGUUCUGAGCGAGUUUGACCUUGUUGCGCUGCAAGAGGUGCGGGACUUGGUCGUGCUCAAGAAGCUCAAGACGAUGCUGCCUGGGUGGAAUUACGUGGUCUCGGAGCCCGUAGGAAGCAAGGGAGCGGGAGCAAAAGCGAGAAACGAGCGCUAUGCUUUCUUUUUCAGACGGUGUAUGGUUCGACUUGUUGACCGAUGCUCGCUGGUUGAAGACAAAAACGGCGUGUUCACGAGGCAACCGUGUGUGACCACUUUCCGAGCAACCGCAAAGUCAGGUGUGCCAGACUUGGAGCUUUCGUUAAUGAACGUGCAUGUGUCGUUUGGUGAGAAAGCACGUCGGUGCGAUGAAGUUGCGGAGAUCAAUCGAUGUGCCAAUGAGAUGAGUGCAUCCGCGCACGGUACACGAAAAGUGGUGGUGCUAGGAGACUUCAACUUGUCGCCGCAAGACGUGUUGGGAAGUCUUGGCUCGGAUAAAAUGGCGUUGAUCCGCUCGCCGCUUUCCACAACGGUGUUCGGUAAACUGUACGAUAACAUUUGGCUUGAUCGCAAUGACUUCAGCAGCCAAACGGCCUGCGACGGGGAGCGAAGGUAUCGUGUGGACAGCGGUGUGCUACGCGUAGACUGGCGAUACUAUCCUCAUUCGAAAAGCGGCCAACAUUGUGAUCAAAGUCCAGGGGAUACGAUGCUUCCUCAGCUAAGAACGUACAUGUCACGGGUGCAGUGUGGCUACGAGCUUUCGGAUCAUUGUCCUGUUUGGGUGGCUUUUGCUGCGAGCAAACCUGAGGACUCGGUCGAUGAAAAAAUCGGCAUCAGUGCCGAAACAACCUGA